UCUUGGGCGGCCAUGUUGAAUUUCUUGCAACGCAGGAAAUGUCAGCUGGCGGCUGCCAUAAUUCGUAAUAAUUCGAAAAAUCUGUGAUAAAUUUUAUCUCUACACUUUUCUGUGAUAGAUCUAAAUACUACGCUCUGUACGAAUAUCAUGACUGUGCUCUGGUUACACGUGAAAAUAUGAUAUUCUUUUAUCAAAAGUGUCAAUAUCCCUUGCAUUUUUAUGGUUUGUGACAAGUAUUAAAAUGGUUAUAUCCCUGACAUAGACCUUACAAUUUCUAUUAAUUUUCUUAUGUUAUUUAAUUUUAGUGUUUUGUGUAACAGUAAACGUUUACAUAAGUGUAAAAUAAGAAAUUAUAAAGUUGUACCAUACCCACCUGGCGCCUUGAAGAAUACUAGUGACACACAAUCUCACAUCAAAGAUCUGUUUUUAACAAUAUUUUAUUAAUUCGAAGAUACGAAGAUGAACGGCUCUGAGUCUGGGUUUAACCCAGCUUUUAACAUUGCCACCAUCAAACAGGUGGUAAAUGAAGCUAUAGAAAGAGUCGCGCCGGUUUCAGUGCGGAUGCAGACUCCUACAAGGCUCCGCGACCUCAUAAGACAGAUCCGGGCUGCCCGGACAGCGGCAGAAGAGAGAAGUGUUGUUAACAAGGAGUGUGCUUAUAUACGAUCCACUUUCAGAGAGGAGGAUAGCGUUUGGAGAUGUCGGAACAUCGCGAAGCUCCUGUACAUCCACAUGCUGGGCUACCCAGCCCACUUCGGCCAGCUCGAGUGCUUGAAGCUGAUAGCCAGCUCCCGCUUCACGGACAAGCGGGUGGGCUACCUCGGCGCUAUGCUGCUGCUGGAUGAGCGCCAGGACGUCCACCUGCUCAUCACCAAUAGCUUGAAGAAUGACCUGAACAGCAACACCCAAUUCGUGGUCGGUCUAGCGCUAUGCACCCUCGGCGCCAUAGCUUCACCAGAAAUGGCGCGAGAUCUCGCGUCGGAAGUCGAAAGGCUGAUCAAGUCCCCCAACGCCUACAUCAAGAAGAAGGCUGCUCUCUGCGCCUUCAGGAUCAUAAGACGGGUGCCGGAUUUGAUGGAGAUGUUCCUACCGGCUACUAGGAGUUUACUGACGGAGAAGAAUCAUGGUGUCCUUAUCACCGGCGUGACGCUUAUCACGGAGAUGUGCGAGAACAGCCCCGACACACUGAACCACUUCAAAAAGGAGAGCGGGCAGCGAGAGAUCGUUCCGAAUUUGGUGAGAAUACUGAAGAACUUGAUCCUGGCCGGGUAUUCCCCUGAGCACGACGUUAGUGGCGUUUCGGAUCCUUUCCUACAGGUGAAAAUCCUCCGUCUACUGCGGAUACUGGGGAAAAACGACGCUGAAUCCUCAGAAGCCAUGAACGACAUCCUAGCCCAGGUCGCCACUAACACGGAGACCAGUAAGAAUGUUGGCAACACCAUACUCUACGAGACAGUACUGUCAAUAAUGGAUAUACGAUCUGAGAGCAGUCUGAGAGUGCUCGCUGUGAAUAUACUUGGACGGUUUCUACUUAAUAACGACAAGAAUAUUCGCUACGUGGCGCUGAAUACGUUGCUGCGUACGGUGCACGUUGACACGUCCGCUGUGCAGCGUCACAGGACUACCAUAUUGGAGUGUUUGAAGGACCCAGACGUGUCCAUCCGUCGUCGAGCUAUGGAGCUCUCCUUCGCUCUAAUCAACGGCCAGAAUAUCCGCUCGAUGAUGAAGGAACUGCUCGCGUUCUUGGAGCGCUCGGACGCGGAGUUCAAAGCGCACUGCUCGAGCGCCAUGGUGCUGGCUGCAGAGCGAUACGCGCCUUCCAGCAAGUGGCAUUUGGAUACGCUGUUCCAGGUUUUGUUGAAGGCGGGCAACUAUCUCCGCGACGAUACGGUAUCGUGCACGCUGCAGAUCGUGUCCGCGGCGCCGGGCGAGCGGCAGGCGUACGCCGCCAUGCGUCUCUGGACCGCGCUGCACCGCUCCGCCGUCGCCGCAGACGCCACGGAGCGACAACCGCUGAUUCAGGUCGCAGCGUGGACUAUCGGCGAGUACGGUGACAUGCUGGUGUCGGAAGCGAGCAACGCCAUAUCGAUGGUGGACGACGAUGGUGUCGAUGACUUCACCCGGCCAACAGAGGAGUAUGUGAUCGACAUAUAUCAGAAGCUGCUGUGGUCGACUCAGUUGUCUAUCACGACUAAAGAAUACCUGCUGCUCUCACUUGCUAAACUGUCAACGAGAUUCACAACAAAACAGAGUCAAGACAAAAUCCGUGUGAUUAUCGACACGUUCGGCUCACACAUACACAUCGAGCUGCAGCAGCGAGGAGUUGAGCUGUCGCAGCUGUACAAGCAAUACGCGCACCUACGGCCGGCGCUGUUAGAGCGCAUGCCGCCGAUGGAGGCGGCCGCGCCGCGCGACUCGCCCGACGACGACGAACCGCCCGCGCCCGCGCCGCCGCAGCAUCAGGACCAGGAUGCCCUACUGGACCUGAUCAUUGGUUCGGAGCCGCUGGCGAACGGCGACGCGCACACGCCCGCUACAGACAACGCGCCGCAGACAAACACUACUAACGACAUACUAGACCUCCUAAGCGGGCUGGAUCUAGGCGGUCCUCCGAGCAUCCCGGCCAACCCUGUCAGCGUGGCGAAUAACAACGUCCCCGCGGCAACACCUAACUUGCUGCUGGAUGGACUGUUUGCGCCGCAGACGCCAGUAGCACAGGCACCGGAGACGACAGUGGUGGCGCUAGAGAAGGCCGACUUACGAGUGGAGUUCCGAGCGCGGCGCGGCGCUGACGGCACGGCGACGUUGACGAUGCACGCCGCAUCCGCCGCCUCCUCGCCGCUUACCGACUUUUUAUUCCAGGCAGCUGUGCCAAGGACGUUCCGAUUGGACAUGAUGUCGCCGUCUGGCACGGUGUUGACUCCCCAGGGUGAAAUCACGCAGAUCCUCAAAAUCACCAACCCUACCAAAACUCCCCUGCGGCUGCGGAUACGCGUGUCGUACACGAUCGACGGCAACCCCGUGCUCGAGCAGGCCGAGGUCAACAACUUCCCGCCCGACCUGUUCAACUGACGCCCGGCACUCGCCUACGGCCUGUAACGCAACUCGAAACCAUACCAUAGACCAGUGUUUCCCAACCUGUGGUCCGUAUGGGGGUCCGCGGUAUCAUCUCUGGACCAUACGUAAUCCGAUUUUUUGCCGUUUAUUUUAAUAAGGGUAAAGGGGGUCCGUGAAAACUGUGCUUGACUACCUAGGGGUCCGUGGCUGAAAAAGGUUGGGAAACACUGCCAUAGACUAAACUGUCAGCCGCCAUCUUGUCUGUCACGUGGGUAUUGCUGUCUCACUCGCAAUGUUGCUAAGUAUGAUAUCCACUAGAUCUACAAUAGAAUAUUUACAUCAAGUAAUUACUCUGACGUUGGCAAAUCACUAAGGGCUCUUU